UGAUACUCUCAGUAUCGCUCUGAACAGCAGAGUAAUUGAGCCAUGAAAGUGUUUUUGAUUUGUGCUUUGCUUUCAUUUGCCUGUGCGCAACAGUUUUCUUACGAAGGCUAUAAAGUGUGGCUGGUUACUCCUCAUUCCGAAGAGCAAGGACACCUUCUGAAGCAAUGGGAAGAUAACGAGUCAGUCGAUUUCUGGGAACAAAUUUCGAGAAAAGGAAAACCUAGCCGAAUUAUGGUUUCUCCAGACACUCAGUUUCAGUUUGAAAUUUUUUUGAAUGACAACCACAUUGAACACGAGCUGAUUAUUGAAAACGUGGAAAGAGUUUUCGAACGUGAACGCAACGAAAAAUCUGAAAAUGAGAUUCGACUGAGCCGUCUAGAGUCACAAGGACAGCCCCGAUUCAGUGAUUUUAAUCACUUUUGGUCAUUUUCAGAAAUCAAUCGAUUUCUCACUCAUUUAACAUUGCAGUAUGGAGACAUUUGUGAAGCUGAAACUCUCGGUUUUAGUUAUGAAGGUCGAGCUAUCCGAGCUUUAAAAAUCGGCCGCUUUGAUGGGACAAAGCCUAUAGUAUUCUUUGAGGCGACUAUCCAUGCACGGGAGUGGGCGGCUCCAAUGACUGCUGUAUACUUAAUGCAACAAUUAGUUGAACAUUAUGACCAGCAUGAAGAGCUGCAAAGCAUCGACAUAAUAAUUUUGCCGGUAACGAAUCCGGAUGGCUUCGAAUAUACUCAUCAAUUCCAACGUUUGUGGCGAAAGACUAGGAGCAUAAAUGCUAACAAUACGUGUGUUGGUGUUGAUGGCAAUCGGAACUUCGCACAUGAGUGGAGGGCUUCAACAAACCCGUGCAGCGAAACAUAUGGAGGCACAGCUCCAUUUACCGAACCAGAAGCUAGCAUCGUAAGAGAUGUAUUCGACCGAUACGACAAUCAAAUCAAACUUUAUGUCGCCAUUCAUUCCUACGGCCAGUAUUUCUUAUAUCCAUGGGGUUAUGAUUUCGUUAAGGUCGACAAUUGGGAAGAACAUGAAAUUGUGGGAAAUCGUUUUGCCGAUGCCGUUAGUAGAGUGAAUGGUACCACAUACACCAUCGGCAAUGCUGCCAUUGAGUUGUAUAUCGGAUUUGGGUAUAGUGAUGAUUAUUCAGCUUUUCGUGGAGUUGACAUAUCGACAACAAUCGAAUUGCCCGGGGGCGGAAGUUAUGGAUUUGAUUUGCCAGCCAGUAGAAUUCAAUCGGUUGUUGAUGAGACGUGGAUGGGUAUAGAGGAAAUGUUGCAUUAUGUUGCUGAAGUUCAUGGCAGAAAAUAGGAAUGGUGAAGCCUUUCGCACCCAUUAGCGUUUAGAUUUUGUGAAUAAAAACAAAUAAAAUUACUCUCUGACAUAUAUCACAGUCCGU